AUGGAGACAGUCAUGAAGCUGAGAUUUGAAAGCUGUUUUUUCUUCCUAGUUAUGAUGCACUUGGGAAAACUCUUUGCAGAAGAUAAACCUUGUGAUUUGCCACAUAUAGAAAACGGAGAGAUUGCCCAGUACUAUUAUUAUUUCAAAAGUUAUUAUUUCCCUAUGCAGAAGGAAAAAAAACUUUCUUAUUCUUGUAUGGUUGGUUAUACAACUGAAACUGGGACUCAAGACGGAAGAAUAACGUGCACAGCAAAGGGAUGGUCUCCAGUGCCCCGGUGCUACAAAAAAUGUAACAAGCCUCUUUUGGAAAAUGGCUUUUUUUACAGUACAGAGAUGUUCUUCAAAAUACAGGAAAAACUCCGGUACAGAUGUAAUCCAGGCUACCACACUCCAAAUGGUGGUACCGAAGCUACAGCGCAGUGCCAGCCAGAAGGAUGGUCCUCCCAGCCCAGCUGCACUCAAACCCUUGAGUCGUGUCCGGUACCCCGUUUACAUCAUGGCAGCUACUUCACAGCCCAGCAAGAGCUUGGAUUGAACGAAACGCUGCUAUACAGAUGUGACGAGGGAUAUCGCACUGCAGGAGGAAACACUGUGGAAGAAGCUGUGUGUCUAACCCACGGCUGGUCCCUUGCUCCAAACUGUACUAAAAACACUUGCUCCUCUUUGAGUGCAAUAGCACAUGGAGGUUUCUAUCCUGUGAAGAAAAUCUAUGAAGAAGGAGAUGUAGUUCACUUUUUCUGUAAGGAAAAUUAUUCUAUCACUGAAUUUGACCUAAUUCAGUGUUAUUAUUUUGGAUGGCACCCAGCCCCUCCAGUGUGUGAAGAUGUAAAACAUAAAUGUCCUCCACCACCACUUCCUCCUCAUGCCCAUACCGUCGCAGUUAGAAGAACAUAUCAUAAUGGAGACAAAGUUCGUGUACAGUGUCAAAGUACCUUUGAAAUAAGAGGAUCUGAGGAAAUCCAGUGUGAAAGAGGAAAAUGGACGUCACCCCCUAUUUGUAUUGGAACGAUGGAUAAGCGGGAAUCUGAGGCACCAUCAUCACCAGAGGCAGAUGCAGCCAUAAGGGCAAGCAAAACCUAUCGCAAUGGACAUCUAAAAACGCAGCAGAACUGUACCUCUCCACCUAUGAUCAGAAAUGGUGUUCUUCUUGGUCCGUUAUUGACAAGUUAUGAAAAUGGUUCCUCAGUAGAAUACGGUUGUCAGCGUUACCAUUUUUUGGAUGGACCUCGUACUGUUUACUGCAAACAAGGAAACUGGACAGAACACCCAACUUGCUUAGAACCAUGCACUCUUAAUGUAACCAAUAUGAACAGCAACAAUAUAGAGUUGAAAUGGAGGCAGGAAGAAUUAAUUUUCCUACACGGCGAUCUCAUAGAGUUUGAAUGUAAACAGGGAUACAAUUUUCUCCAAACUGCCAUUGCAUCUCCUGGGAGGACACAGUGUAACCACGGCAGACUGAAAUAUCCAAAAUGUAUUAUGCAAGCUCCUACAGAAAAAUGUGACUCUCCACCUUCCAUUGCAAACGGAGCUCUCACUCUGCCACCACUGACCCAGUAUGACAGUGGUUCAUCAGUCCAGUAUAGUUGCUCUGACUAUCAUUUUUUGCAAGGAUCUGAGAGAAUCUACUGUUCUGAAGGACACUGGACUUCACCACCAGUUUGUAUAGAGCCAUGUACUUUGUCAAAAAAUGAAAUGGAAAAAAAUAAUGUGUUGCUGCAAGGAUUCUAUCAGAAUCAAGUUUACUUUUACCAUGGGGAUUACGUUGGAUUUUACUGUAAACAGAACCAUGUUGGAGCAGAAUCUGGUACAACUUUAUUUCAAGUGCAGUGUAAGAGAGGACAGCUGAAGUAUCCAAGAUGUGUUGAAAGAGGAAAAUAA